AAAUGAAAACUGGAAAUGUGGAAACAGAUUGAUAGCUAUAAGAAGGGUACGUGGCAGUUAUCAGGCACAACAAGUUACUGCCCUCUCUCUCUCACUCUCACAUCAAAACCCCAUCUCCUAUUUAUUCCCACCAUCUUUCCACCACUCCUCCGCCGCCCUCCGCCGCAGCAACAGGAACAUGAGAUGGUAGGCCUUAGCGUAAUCCUCGAAAGCUGCAGAGAUCUCUCCGAGAAAAGAAGCCCCCAAAUUCUCAGCAAAGGCGCCAUGAUCAUCAAACCGAAUUCCUCUCCUCUCUCUAAUUUCUCUCCCCCUUGUGGAUUUCUCGAGAAUUGUUUCCUCUGCCGCCACAAAUUAUUGCCAGGGAAAGACAUCUUCAUGUACAAAGGAGAUAGGGCAUUUUGCAGUGUGGAGUGCAGGUACAGGCAGAUGUUCAUGGAUGAAGAGGAGAGCUGCGAAAAGAGUGGUUGUACCUUGGAGUACACCUGUUCAGCAGCUGCCACGUCAUCUCCGUCUCCAACUUCUUCUUCGUCUUCCCGCGCCGGUUAUACUUUAUGAUACGAAUAUAUCUACUUUUCCGUCUUUGUUCAUCGGUUGCUCGACGGAAUUUUUUUCGUGCACGGACCUCCUUUAUCCGGUGAUUUCUCGCCAUUAUUCUCCGAUCGUAUCACUUUACGUACGGACUAAUUUAUUAUCAGAUUUAAUAACGGGUCGACUAUAUUUCCCAUAAUAAAUGGCUUCAAUACUACUGUGUUUGUGUUUGUGAAUAAGUCGUCUGUACUUUAUAUCUUUAUAUUUCAUUGAAUAUAUAGGAUAUAUUUUGAUUCUUUGAAUUGAGUUCACGUGUAUUAGAUAAUCAAUCGAUAUUGAGAAUCUGAACGUUUGUAUUCUUAUUUAAUCA